CUGCUUUCUUCUGUACACCUUUCUCAUCCUAUCUUCAACCACUAGCUUGUCCGUUCUUCUUCUUUCCUCUUCAUCUUCGUCGAGUCGCUUGGAAUUCGUGCAUUGCAAGUUUGGGCGUUGGGAAAAGAAUUUGAGCGAUUCCUUAUCUCUCUUCCUUUUCCUAAAGUCUUCAUCUCAUCAACUUCAUCAGCUUUUUGGUGCUGCUCUGAUUUGCUUUGCUGCGCAUUCUCGAGUUUCAGCCGCCGCCGCCGCCGUGCUGCCUGCCUGCUUUUGUCUCAUCUCGGCGCGACCACUUUCACGACCGGCGUACAACUACCACUCAUACAAACAUACUUCUCCUCUUUCCUCCAAGUCCUUCUGCGUUGUCAAAGCAUCUCCUACUUGUUCAACAUUUUGGCGCUGCUCCCUGGGUUGGCUUCUCAUCUGAUAGCGACUUGUCUUCGCCUUUCUCGAGCGGAAUUUCGUUACUUACGACUCCACCUCCCCGCAAUACCAUCCACGCGAACAUACAUCUACUACUGAGCUCCUACCAUAUAAUCUUGCACCAAGUCAUUUGCUCGAGUUUUAUCUGUGGUUCUUUCAGCUGUCAGAAAAAGGCGCACUUCUCAAAAUGACGGAGAACAUUACACCCGCGACACUGCCACCACCGCCAUCCACCGCCGGCGCUCCAGGUUACGAUGGCCCUCCUGGAAGCAAUGGUCACACCGGCACUCCUAUGGGACCACCUGCGCUACCUCCAGUCGUCAUCCCUCAGAACAAUAACCCCGUCCCAACACCUGCGACCCCGGGCACUGCCAUCUCCCCUUCUUCUGGCGGAGUUGUUCGCAGAGCUGCGCCCGAACCGAAUAAGAGAGCACUUUAUGUGGGUGGCCUCGAUCCUCGGGUUACAGAAGACGUUCUGAAGCAGAUCUUUGAAACCACCGGACAUGUGGUCAGCGUCAAGGUCAUACCAGAUAAGAAUGUGAGUAUGCUGGCAACGCAAGACGGCUCUCGCGUUAACAGUGAGGAGCAGUUUAACUCUAAAGGCUUCAACUAUGGGUUCGUCGAAUACGAUGACCCUGGUGCUGCUGAACGAGCCAUGACCACUCUGAACGGACGCCGAGUUCACCAAGCUGAAAUUCGCGUCAACUGGGCAUACCAAUCGAACAGCUCCAACAAGGAGGACACCUCUAAUCAUUUCCACAUUUUCGUGGGUGAUCUGAGUAAUGAAGUCAACGACGAAGUGCUAUUGCAGGCGUUUUCUGCGUUUGGUUCCGUUUCCGAAGCACGAGUCAUGUGGGAUAUGAAGACUGGUCGCACUCGAGGCUAUGGUUUUGUUGCGUUCCGUGAAAGACAAGACGCUGAAAAGGCACUCUCGUCCAUGGACGGCGAGUGGCUGGGCAGUCGAGCCAUCCGUUGCAACUGGGCAAAUCAAAAGGGGCAGCCGUCCAUCUCUCAGCAGCAAGCUAUGGCUGCCAUGGGCAUGACUCCAACCACUCCCUUUGGCCACCACCACUUCCCUACUCAGGGGGUUCAGUCUUACGAGAUGGUCGUCAAUCAAACUCCUAGCUGGCAGACAACUUGCUACGUUGGUAAUCUUACGCCCUACACAACACAGGCGGAUCUCGUCCCGCUGUUUCAGAACUUUGGCUAUGUGGUUGAGACACGAUUCCAGUCAGACCGCGGGUUUGCCUUCCUCAAAAUGGAUACGCAUGAGAACGCAGCAAUGGCAAUCUGUCAGUUGUCGGGCUAUAAUGUCAACGGAAGACCCUUGAAAUGCUCUUGGGGCAAAGAUCGUCCUCCGACUGGUCAGUUCGAUGCCUAUUCACCACAGACUUCCAUUGGCUCUGCGACAACUCCUGGAGGCUACAAUCCAGCCUCUCCAUAUUUUCCGCAGUAUGGUGGUCCAGGACCCAUGACUCCUCAAGGCCCGAGCCCUGGCGCACGCGGUACAUGGGAUUCCAACCAUCUCCCGAGCCCCUACACCCAAUCCCCUCAAUCGGCUUUCGGACAGGUUCCCCCAUCGGCUGGAGGAUACGGUCGUGCUUCAGGUCCACCGGCUGGAAUGUACCAACAACCCCCUCCGUCGUAUGGUAAUAACUACCAGGGAUAUCAGGCAUAACUUGUGACAUCGUGGAAGCCUUGUUGUGUUUUCCAAUCAGAUUGAUUAUUGCUAUGAGCGUUCUGUUCAAGUUACGACAAGCCUCGCCGACCUUUAUGAAAACUAGAUGGGGGCAAUCCAAGCGAGCACGAAUAUUGGAAUCGUCGUCAAAUUGUAGUCAAGGAAAUCAGUGAUUAGCAGGAUACCCAAUCAAAAGCGAUAUACUUGUUCUCUCCUUUAGUAUAUGUCCUAAUAUACUGCAUC